AUGGCUCUUGUAAUGCAUUUUGCUGCUUUGACCCUCUAUCUCUUAGUCUCAGCAAUUGUGUCUCAUGAAGCACACGCUUCAAGCCGUGGCUCCUUUGGCAAAAUCGUCAACCCUGCAAUGUAUGGUAUAUGUGCCUCUUCUGUCAUUAUUUACGGGUACAAGUGUGAGGAACAUGAGGUUACAACCAAAGAUGGGUACAUUCUGAGUCUGCAAAGGAUCCCACAAGGUCGAGGUGAAGUUGGUGGGAAUGGGAGGAAGCAACCAGUGAUAAUACAGCAUGGAGUACUUGUGGAUGGUAUGACAUGGCUUCUGAACCCACCAGAGCAAGAUCUACCCUUGAUUUUAGCUGAUAAUGGCUUUGACGUGUGGAUUGCUAACACCAGAGGAACCAGAUAUAGCCGCCGACAUACUUCAUUGGACCCUUCUAGCCCGGCCUUUUGGAAUUGGUCUUGGGAUGAACUUGUUUCCUAUGAUCUACCUGCCGGGUUUGAUUACGUGUUCAGCCAAACGGGGCACAAGAUUAAUUACAUUGGCCAUUCUCUGGGAACUUUGAUAGCUUUGGCGUCCUUCUCAGAAGGGGAAUUGGUUAAUCAGGUGAAAUCAGCAGCUUUGUUGAGCCCAAUUGCCUAUUUAAGCCACAUGACCACCGCACUUGGUGUCGUUGCGGCCAAGUCCUUUGUUGGGGAGAUCACUACCCUAUUUGGUCUGGCAGAAUUUAAUCCAAAAGGGUUACCUGUUGAUGCCUUUCUCAAGUCUCUCUGUGCUCACCCUGGGAUAGACUGCUACGAUUUGAUGGCUGCACUAACUGGUAAAAAUUGCUGCCUCAAUUCUUCAACUGUUGAUCUAUUCUUGAUGAAUGAACCUCAGUCAACAUCAACAAAGAACAUGGUGCACUUGGCUCAGAUUGUUAGAAAUGGGGUCUUGACAAAAUUCAAUUACGUUAUACCAGACUAUAAUAUUAAGCAUUAUGGAGAAAUAUUCCCUCCAAUCUAUAACCUUUCCAAUAUUCCCCGUGAUCUCCCUCUCUUCAUUAGCUACGGGGGUGCAGAUGCUCUUUCAGAUGUUCGUGAUGUUGAGAAUUUACUUGAUAUACUCAAGUUCCAUGAUGAGGAUAAGCGUAGUGUUCAGUUCAUCAAGGACUAUGCUCAUGCUGACUACAUUAUGGGCUUCAAUGCCAAGGACUUAGUGUAUAAUGCUGUUAUUUCAUUUUUCAAUCAUCAAGUUAACACCUGA